CAGGCGGUGAACAAUUUCUACUGCAACACAGAGGUGCAUCAGGAAGUUCAUAGAUGGCUGACAGCCGCCCAGGUGUCGCCAGCAGCGUGGUCCUUCUGUUGGGAAUUGCUGCAGCCUGGCAAGCUUUCCCAGUGCUUCAUCUUUUAAAGGCCCAUGCUUUAAUUCACAAUGGCAGAUGUUACAGAAUUUACUGCAGAGAAUGUUGAAAAGGCGGUGAACAAUUUCUACUGCAACACAGAGGUGCAUCAGGAAGUUCAUAGAUGGCUGACAGCCGCCCAGGUGUCGCCAGCAGCGUGGUCCUUCUGUUGGGAAUUGCUGCAGCCUGGCAAGGGAGUACAAGUACAGUACUUUGGGGCCAGCUGUUUGCAUAUGAAAAUCAGCAGAUACUGGCAGGAGGUUCCAGAGGGCCAGACGGAGACCCUGAGGACCCGCCUCCUGCAGCAGAUAGCUACCAGCGCCACGGGACCCAAGCUGAUCCUGACCAGACUCUGUGUGGCGUUAUCUGCCCUUGCCAUCCAGUUGUUGCCCGAGGAAUGGCCCAACUGUGUGGACGAGCUGAUCAUUAUGUUCCAAAACGAUGCCUCCAGCCUAAGUUCCACACAGAGAUGCAGCGUAUUGUUGGAAGUCUUUACUGUUUUUCCAGAAGAGUUUUUUAGCCUUAGCAUGUCUAAUGACAAGAGAGCUGGUGUUCGACAGGAGCUGAAUAAAAGCAUCAACAAAAUCCUUGCCUUAUUAAGCAACCUGAUCAGUCCAAACUCACCCAAUGAGGUGUAUGAACAGGCCCUCAAGUGCUUUGGCUCCUGGGUGGACUUCGGCAUACCAAUGAACGAGGCCGAGCAAAUCAUCGUGCAGGUUUUCCAGUCUCUGAAUAGCGAGCACCUGUUUGAUGCCGCAGUUGAUACGCUUGUGAAGGUGUUCACUCAGCCUGAUGCUCACAAGUAUCCCUUGACAAUACAGAAGUUACUUCCCCUGGUUCUUCAGCUGCAGGGAAUGUUGGUGGAUGCAGUGGACAAACACAACAUGGACGUGUGUCAGGGUCUGACGCAGAUCGUGAUAUCAGUGGCAGAGAGUCACCCACGGCUGAUACUGGAGACUGUGUGUGGGGACAAUGAGAACCGCAAGUCAGAUGCACAGAAACUGGUUGGACUGGUCCUGGAAUGCUGCAGUGUGCCUGGUCACUAUCCAGUGGAUGAACAGUGCAGCAGUAUGACUUUCACGUUUUGGUACAUUUUGCAGGACACCCUGCAGGAUUUCCCUGUGGAGAAGUACCACAUGUUGCUGCCCAUAUUCCAGCCAGUAUACUUGGGUCUUAUAGAGAACCUGCUGGUCAAGGUCCAGUACCCUCCCGAGGAAAUCUACACAAUGUGGACUGCAGAAGAGAAAGAGCAGUUCCGAUGUUAUAGGCAGGACAUUGGAGAUACGAUGAUGUAUGCAUACAGCAUUUUGCGUGAGCCAUUACUAGGUUACCUGUGCAAUGCUCUUAGUACACUUGUCAGAGCGGAAAAAGAGAUCAGCGUUACAUGGGAGUUAGUGGAGGCCAUCUUCUUCCUGUUUGCGUCUGUGGCUGAGAGUGUUGACAUUGAGGAGAGUAUCUAUAUCCCUACUGUCCUUGACCUUCUGCAGAAGAUCCCCUACAGCAACAUCAAGUUCAUCUCUACGGCACUGCAUAUGCUGGGUUCAUUUGGUGAGUGGAUGAGCUACCACCCGCAGUCACUGCAGGUAGCGAUCCCACUACUACUGCAGGGCGUUGCGAACACAGAGGCUGCGCAGGCUGCUACCAUGGCACUCAAGGACAUCACGCUUGAGAACCUCGAUCACAUUCGACCCUUUGUACCGCAGAUCCUGCGGGCUUGUCAGGCGGCCUUAGCCAGAGGCCAUUUGAAGUCCCGUGAGAACGUGCGCAUUAUGUCGUGUAUCGGCCAUGCGCUGUCUGUGAUGCCGUACGGUGACAUUCUGGAAAUGCUGGAUCCUGUUCUAACCCCACAAAUCUCAGAGCUGGAACAACUCACCAAGGAACCGCCGUCCGGUGUGGUGAAGAACAGCAUCCUCCUAAAGCUGAAUAUGAUGAGCUGGCUCUUUGGCUCUCUAGACACAGACAGGGACAGGAAGGGGGAAAAACUCAACAAGGAAGGACCAAAACCGGUGUUUGUGAUACUGCAAAAAGUGGCACCUAUCUUGCAGAGCAUUGUGGCAGUGUGGAUUACAGACACUAGUGUUAUUGAGGCUGUGUGUGACAUGUUGAAGCGAUCCCUACAGACAUUGAUGGAUGACUUUACCCCAUUGUCAAAAGAUGUUGCCCAGCUUCUUAUACAAAUGUACCAGACAGUUCCCCACAUUGCUAUUCUGGACCUCACUAAACAGCUUAUCUUGGUGUUCCACACGGACUGUGAGUUCCAGGAGUCAGCCAAGGCGUUGAUUCAGGCUGUCUGUGCCAAGACACAGACUCUCUUUCAAAGAGAAAUGACAGCUAUACAGAGCCACACAGAUAUUGUGGAGUCAUUUAUGUUAGUUUUAGCGCAGGUAAUCAAAAAGUCCAAAAGUGCUUUCUUCGAUUCUGGUACGGAUAUACCAACCCUGUUUCAAGCAGGAAUUGUGGGUCUUUCAUUGCCAGAGAACCACACAGUAAAAGCCUCAAGUAUAUUUCUGUGUGAGCUAAUAUCAAAUGUUGAUGUUCCUGUGGUACGGGAUAUAGUACAUGCCCAUGUACACGUUCUAUUAGAUAGAAUUAUGAGGGCAAUGGGUGGGGAAUCCCCUCGCCAGGUGAUGGAGCAUAUCUCAGAUGUGCUAUUCAUCCUGUGCAAGCAUUACACCGACCUGGUUCGACUCUGGUCUCAGGAUGUUGUGGACAAGGAGGGAUAUCCGUCCAUACGCUGCACUCGUGAUGACAAGGACAGAUUUAUGAAAUCUGUGCUCAAAGAGCGUGUCAGCAAGUCAAAAGUUCGACAACUUGUCAAGGAGUUCUCACUUCUCUGCCGCGGCCUGCUAGGGACCGAAUACGGGGCACAGAUGACCGAAUUGGUGAUUUAAGUGCUGUAGCUAACUGUACAAGAUAAUCAGAUAUAGUUGUAUUCUAUGAUGUAUGGUGUGUGUUAGACUGUGUAAGAAAAAAAAAUUACUAUGUGACAGGCAGACAAGAAAAUCAGCUGUAAAAAUAUGAUCUAAAGAUUUAUUAAAAAUUAAUUAGGGUUAAUUAUUUUAAAAUAAGAGAUACACAAAUCUUGGUUAAAGACAUACAAAAAGUGUUCAACUUUUUCAAUUCUGGUUUGACUUAUGAAUUUAGAGAUGAAAUACAUGUAUCAUUAAAAUUUCUCAUCAAUCAAAUGCUUCCUUUCUCCAUAAUCAUUCACCUGGUCUAGUUACCAAUAACUUAUCACAAAUAAAUUUCUCUGUGUAAAAAAAAGACCAAGAAUACAUGUAAACAGAGCUCCAGAUAAGGGUCGUAUUUUCGUAAUUACGAAUUAUUUUCAAGUCUGUUACGUAUUUAUUUUAAAAUCUUGUUGUACCAUUAAGAAUUACAAAAUCAAGUUACAAAUAUUAUUUUUACAUCGGUUCGUAUCGAUUUUUAUUGAGUUCUUUUCGCGUAUUAAAGAUCUUUUCGGUGCUUAUAUUGAAUGGUUAUCGGGUUUGUUUAGCAAAGCGCAUUUUUUCCAAUAAAAGCGGCGUGUACGGUCUAUCUGUCAAAAAACAAUGGCGGCGCCCAGAGAGCAUCCUAAAAAACUGCAAAGCGUGCAAAAACACGCUUUUAACAUAUUGUACGCAAAGUGAGCCGAAGUUGAAUGUUAAGAAAGACAUUAUAGAAAAGAUCUUAUACGAUGUUGUAUGUUCAGUUGCUGACACAGUCAGAAAAGCUAUAAAAAAAAACGCGACAAGACGGGUCCAAACUUUAACAAAAAAAACAUUGAACGAAUUAAAGGGACAAUUCCCGUGGCUAAUCGUUAAUAAGAUUGAAGGGAAGACCCAUUUUAAUUGUGAAAUAUGUAAAAUUUCAGCGAAGGCAUGCAAUCUAAGCACAGUUUGGGCAGAUAUGAAGGUAUUUGAAAAAUAAAAUUGUAUAAUACUGAAUAGACACUGUUGAACUCGUAUAAAUAAAGUUGCUAGUAUGUUUAUUUUGAUUUUUUGCAUGAAAAUAACCAUUAUUAUUUAUUUUUAGGUCAUUUAGAAAAGUUCAGAAUUAUUUUCCAAAACUUAGUAGUAACAUUAAGAAUAAAAUUUCAGAGUUAAGAAUUCUUUUUGAAAAUCUGGUAGUUACGUUAAGAAUUUCACAAAACCUUAUCUGGAGUUCUGUGUAAAGGGAACAAAAAGUUGUUCAUUUUUUCCAAAAUGAUUCUGUUUAGAGUUAAUUGGGUGUAUAAGGAUUGUAUUGCUUGUGUUUCAAGUGUUGACCUAAGUGUACGUAUCAGAGAAACCGUGGAAUAAUAGUUGUGUACUGUGCAACCGGUAGUUACCAUUGUUAAAUAAGGAGUGUUGUGAAAAAAUGGGCUCUGGGACAUAUGACAAACAAAGAAGCUCCUGCUUUGCCUCUGCAUCUGUAUUCUCUGAUGAAAAGAUAAGAAUGUUUGCAAAUACUCAUUCCCAUGAGAAUGCGUAAUCUUGCAUGAUUUAAAGUGAACAGAAUUGCUUCUGACCAGGCUGCACAAAUGCACAGGCUGGUUUGCAGAGCUGCGCUUGCCAUGGCAUUAUGCCCAUUUUCGCAUGUAUUAAAUGAAUUUAACUUAAUAUCAAUAGUAUAAUAGAUUGUUGUUUGGUAUAAGUAUUGUCAAUAACAUAAUAGAUUGUUGAUUGGUAUAAGCAUUGUUUCAAUGUCAUCUUCUGGAAAUAAUUAUAUAAUGCAAUGAUCUGAUCAGCAUUGCGAGAAAACUGGGCUUAUUGACUGGGCUUAUUGCAUGUGUCUAAAUAAAGUAUCAUCCCAUGUAAGCCUUGGCAGUGCACUUAGGCUUGUCAGGGACAAUAAUUUCUGCUUUCAUGGAGUUUUUGUUUAAAGAAAAUCCAGUUCAGCUGGAAAGUGUCAUUCCUGAUUAGCCUGUGCUGACAGCACAGGCUAAUCUUGGACUUCACUUUUUGCGCAUGCAUUUAGCCCAGUUGUCCCAGUGUGCCGCUCAUAUUAUUGCCGCUCAUUUAAAUCAUAUUUCUAGUAAAUGACAUAUGCACAAAAGGCACAGAACGCUUCUCAUGAAGUAAACUUUGCUCAGUACCAAUAACCAGUAAACAUAAUUGUAUUGAUAUGAAAUGCUUGUUUGGUUGUCUAAAGGCGUUUUGUUCGUGAUAAAGUAGUUGUAUGGAUGACCAUAUCACAGUUGAUGUAUCUUACAGUAUUAUGUUAACAUAAAUAGCAGCUUGGUAUCUAUAUUUGGUAAAGAUUUAAGAUAUUUGUUUGAAUAUAUUUUUAUUUGUUGAAGUUAAGAUAUAUACAUUUUACACAUGCAUGUUUGAUGUACACCGGUAAAUGCACAUUUAGUAAAUUAAUUGUUGAUAAUUCCCCGCCAUACCAAGCAGAGGAGGGGGGGGAUACCGGAAUCACCAUGGAUUUCUGUCUGUCUGUCAGUCUUUAAACGAGUUUUCUACUUUUGUCCACGUACAACAUUUAGAUUUUCAUGCAUUAUUUCCUAUAAUAUGAAGCUGUGCAUUAGUAUUUUGCUUCUUUACAGAUCAUACAAUACAUUUGUUAUAGAUCUACCUGUUUGUCAAUUUAGAAUUUCUUAACAUGAUGGUCAUCAAUAAUACUUUAAAUUUGAAAGUUAACGUGUCUGAUUCCAAACAGUCCAGAGGUGAGUGGUGAGAAGUGAGAACAAUAGUGGUGUAAAAACUGGCCAUAAUACCCCACAGAGUAACAGUUUUUAUUUUUAGCUCACCUUAGCAUAAUGAAAAUGGUUACAGUUGCUUGAAAAACAUGGCCUCAAUGGGGCAGGCAUUUUUCCUUAUAUGGCUAUAUAUUACUUUAGUAAAACCUUGUUAACAUUCUAGAGGCCACAUUUGUUGUCUGAUCUUAAUGAAACUUGGUCAGAAGAUUUGUCCCAAGGAUAUCUUGGACGAGUUUGAAAAUAGUUCUGGUUGGUUGUAAAACAUGGCCGCCAGGGGGCGGGGCAUUUUUCCUUAUAUGGCUAUAGUAAAAACUUGUUAGCACUCUAGAAGUCACAUUUAUUGUCCAGUCUUCAUAACACUUGGCCAGAACGUUUAAAUGCUAUCUUGGAUCAGUUAAAAAUAGUUAUUCUCUGUUGAAAAACAUAGCCGCCAGGGGUUGGGGAAUUUUAUCCUUAUAUGGCUAUAGUAAAACCUUGUUAGCACUCUAAAAGUUACAUUUUUAGUUCACUCUGUAUGAAACUUGUUACAACUUGCUACAUGUAACGUCUGAUGGGGUUAGUCUUCACUACUUUAGUUUAUCUAUGGUUUCUUUUUAUAAACCUGUUUGUCUUUAGUUUUGUCAUGCAUAUACUGUGCAAUUAUUUGAACAAGGGCAAAUUGUAACCUCAUUAUGUUGUUGUGUUAAUGCUAGCUGCUGGCAUUUAUAUACUUGAGCUUGUUGUGCUUUAUACAAGUUUCAUUGACUUAUUGUAUUUAUUUUUAUGCCCCCAAAGGAGGGCAUAUAGUGAUCGCACUGUCCGUCUGUCCCUCACACUUUGUGUUAAGGUUUCGAAAAAUGCUCAUAAAUUCUUUGUCGCUUCAGAUGAAACCUUCAUAUUUGGUAUGCAUGUGUAUAUUGACAAGGCCCUUGAACUUGGGGUCCGCGCUUAGGUUUCGAAAUCUGCGUUUAGGUUUUGAAAAAGCUUUUUUCAGGGGCAUCUGUCUUCCGAUGGAUACAGCUCUUGUUAUAUCAAUGUAUUUGGAAAAGGUCGAGAGUGCCUGCGCAGUUUUUUUCCUUUCUUGACCUGCUCUUUAUAUAAAAAAAAAUUAAUUGUUGACAAAUGUAAAAUUUAUACUGAAUCAUUUUAUUUAGCGCUUAUUAAAGAACAUGAAUCUUUGUAUUUGAAAAAUUCUUAGACUAUGUCAGGAGGUACUCCUUAUUUCCACCAUGCUCCUUUUUGAGCAUCCUCUUAUAAACCUUGUGGUUCUAGAUCUUUCUCGCUAUUGUGCUUCUCUCUUGCUUUAUACGAAGUUGUUCUUUUUAACCCUUUGCAUACUGGGAAAUUUGUUGUCUGCUAAAAAUUUCGUCUGCUGAAUUUCUAAAAUUAGCUUUUGCUUCGAUUUUUUUCAAAGAAUACUUAUUACUAUUAGAAUAGCAAACAGUUUGGAUCCUGAUGAGACGCCACAUUCUGUGGCGUCUCAUCUGGAUCCAAACUGUUUGCAAAGGCCUUCAAAAAGCGUCUGCAUGUUCUAAUAUUUGGCUGUACUUGUCAGAGUUUUAAUCAGCAAUAUGAAAUUAGAUGAAAGUCAGGAAAAAAAUUAAGUUUAAAGAGAACAAAAAUAAUGCAAUUUAUAUUUUGAGCUUUGUCUACUUUAACCAUGUUUGACUGUGUCCUUGACCUAAAAAAAAAGAAUUUUCUAGCUAAGCCUACAAUAAUUUCAAAAUAAAUUUGUCCUAGGCAAGUUGUGAAUGCUGUUGUUGAAUCAAUGGGACUUUAUGUUUUCCUGAAACAAACGUUUUUACAUGACAUAUGUAUUUAACGGUCAUUAAAUCAAGAUCUCCAAUGCAAUAUAAUGUUUGAUUUAAUGAUUUAUAAGAUGUUUAUUCUUUGUCAAAUGUUUUAUUUGAGAAAGAUUAGAUAGCCUUUUUUGAAAUACAUCUGUUUUAGAACAAAUCACUGUUGAAGUGCUUUUUAGAUAAUUUAUUUUUUUAGGUAUUUUGUCAGUUGACUUUAAAUUUGAAACAAGUUUUUUUUUAAACUAACAAAAAGUACAUGAAUUUUCCCAAUGUUGAAGACAUUUAUGAUCUUUCCUUUCCUUAGCAGUCUUAGUUUUGCAUUCAAACAACUAUUAAUAUUUUUGGUAAAUGAGAUCCGCAUUUACAGAUCCUCUGGAUUUAUAGGUGCAAAAACUGUAUGCUGUAAAUAAUUCUAAGGCUAUGAAUUCUACUGCAAAAAUCUAGUGGGUCAGCUGUCAGUUACUGGCAUUAGUAUGUGCACUAAGAACUGUGUUUAACCCAUUUAUGCUUAGUGGACUCUCCCAUCCUUCUAAUUUGGAUCAAUUUAUUUCCAAAAUUAGGAUGUCUAGUAUAUUAAUUUCUAUAUUAAGAAUAUUUCUUACAGAAAUUUCUUUAAGCAAACUGCACAGACCCAGAUGAGACGCCGCAUCAUGCGGCGUCUCUUCUGGGUCUACCCUGUUUGCCAAGGCCUUUUUUCUUGACGCUAGACAUAAAUGGGUUAACCAACUUACACACGAAUAGUGUGAGUAGAUAACUGUACAAGUAGGAGAUUACAGACUGCUGGGAUAUGUCUGGUGUGAGUAGUUAACUGUACGAGUAGGAGAUUACAGACUGAUGGGAUAUGUCUGGUGUGAGUAGUUAACUGUACGAGUAGGAGAUUACAGACUGCUGGGAUAUGUCUGAAAUAUUAGUGAUAGUGGCAAAAGCUCGAAAUAAAAAAAUAUAUUUGAUGUUUGCAAUCAUUCAAAUUAAAAUAUAUAAUAAAUAUAACUCUGCCAUUUUGUUAUAAGAUAAUAGAUUGGUGUGUACUAUAACCUUUCAUAGUAUAAUCUAACAUUUGUUUAUGGGUAAGCCAGGUGCUUGUUUAUGUUUGUGCUAUACAUGUAUUUCUGUCGCAUACUCAUCAAAUGUCAUGUUUUAAUAAAUAAAAUGUGAAAAAAAGGCA